AAUGACCCAAAAAGUGACAGAGACGCCAGAUGUGGAAGCAAAGGCCCCAAAUCCAGAUGUUCCAGAUCCCAAAAUCGGGUCCCAGGCACUCCUGGUGGAGGAGAGCGACACAGAUGUGGAGGAGGAGGAUCCAGAUGUGGAACCCCCGAAACGGCUGAAAAUGACCCAAAAAGUGACAGAGACUCCAGAUGUGGAAGCAAAGGCUGCAAAUCCAGAUGUUCCAGGCCCCAAAACCGGGUCCCAGGUAUUCCUAGUGGACAGUGACACAGAUGUGGAGGAGGAGGAUCCAGAUGUGCAGCCCCCAAAACGGCUGAAAAUGACCCAGAACACGCCUGAAACGCCAGAUGUGGAAGCAAAGGCCCCAAAUCCAGAUGUUCCAGAUCCCAAAAUCGGGUCCCAGGCACUCCUGGUGGAGGAGAGCGACACAGAUGUGGAGGAGGAGGAUCCAGAUGUGGAACCCCCGAAACGGCUGAAAAUGACCCAAAAAGUGACAGAGACUCCAGAUGUGGAAGCAAAGGCUGCAAAUCCAGAUGUUCCAGGCCCCAAAACCGGGUCCCAGGCAUUCCUAGUGGACAGUGACACAGAUGUGGAGGAGGAGGAUCCAGAUGUGCAGCCCCCAAAACGGCUGAAAAUGACCCAGAACACGCCUGAAACGCCAGAUGUGGAAGCAAAGGCCCCAAAUCCAGAUGUUCCAGAUCCCAAAAUCGGGUCCCAGGCACUCCUGGUGGAGGAGAGCGACACAGAUGUGGAGGAGGAGGAUCCAGAUGUGGAACCCCCGAAACGGCUGAAAAUGACCCAAAAAGUGACAGAGACUCCAGAUGUGGAAGCAAAGGCUGCAAAUCCAGAUGUUCCAGGCCCCAAAACCGGGUCCCAGGCAUUCCUAGUGGACAGUGACACAGAUGUGGAGGAGGAGGAUCCAGAUGUGCAGCCCCCAAAACGGCUGAAAAUGACCCAGAACACGCCUGAAACUCCAGAUGUGGAAGCAAAGGCCCCAAAUCCAGAUGUUCCAGAUCCCAAAAUCGGGUCCCAGGCAUUCCUAGUGGACAGUGACACAGAUGUGGAAGAGGAGGAGGGGCCAGAUCCAGAUGUUGGGUCCCAUAGAAACCCCAAACCGGCCCCGAACGCGCCCGAGACUCCAGAUGUGAGGCCGAGAAGGCCGAACCCAGACGCCGGCGGCCCUGGAUCCAGAUGUGGAGCCCUGGUGGUGGAGAGCGACACAGAUGUGGAGGAGGAGGAUCCAGAUGUUCAGCCCCCGAAAAGACGGAAAACGGCCCAAAACGCGCCCGGAAGCCCAGAUGUGGGGCCAGAGCCCCCAGAUCCAGAUGUUGGGAGGCUCCAGGGCACAGCCAGGAUUCCAGAUGUGAGGGUGGAGGAGGGGUGGGAUCCAGAUGUGGCCACCCAGGCGUUCCUGCCCCCAAAUCCAGAUGUGGAGAGCCCAAAGCGACUCAAAGUGACCCGGAGCCCGCCCAGAAUUCCAGAUGUGGAAGAGGAAGGGGAGUCAGAUCCAGAUGUGGCCACCCAGCUGUUCUUGCCUUCCCCAGACGUCGAGAGUCCAGAAAGCCCCAAAACGGCCCCCAAGGUUCCAGAUGUGGAGGGGCCGCCCUCCCUGGAUCCAGAUGUGGGCACCCAGCUGUUCCUGUCCCCAGAUCCAGAUGUUGGGAGCCCAGAACAGCUGGAAAUGACCCCGAACCCACCCAGAACUCCAGAUGUGAGGGAGGAAACCCCAGCCCCAGCCCCGGAGGAGGAGGAGGAGGGGUCAGACCCAGAUGUGGCCACCCAGAUGUUCCUGCGCCCUGAUCCAGAUGUGGGGGGCUCGAAACGACCCAGAAUUACCCCAAACCCGCCCCAAAUUCCAGAUGUGGAGGAGGAAGACGAGUCAGAUCCAGAUGUGGCCACCCAGAUGUUCCUGCCCUCUCCAGAUGUUGGGAGCCCAAAGCAACCCAAAAUUACCCCAAACCCACCCGAAAUUCCAGAUGUGGAGGAGGAAAUCCCAGAUGUGGAGGAGGAAGAGGAGUCAGGCCCAGAUGUGGCCACCCAGCUGUUCCUGCGCCCAAAUCCAGAUGUGGGGGGCCCAAAAAGCCUCAGCAUGACCCAGAACACUCCCAGAGUUCCAGAUGUGGAGGAGGAAGAGGAGGAGCCAGGCCCAGAUGUGGCCACCCAGCUGUUCCUGCUCUGUCCAGAUGUGGAGAAUCCAGAAAGCCCCAAAACGGCCCCCAGAGUUCCAGAUGUGGAGGAGGAAGACGAGCCAGGCCCAGAUGUGGCCACCCAGCUGUUCCCGCCCCCAAAUCCAGAUGUGGGGAGCCCAAAAAACCCCAAAGCUGCCCCGAGGCCACUCGGAAUUCCAGAUGUGGAGGAGGAAGGGGAGGAGCCAGGCCCAGAUGUGGCCACCCAGCUGUUCCUGCUCUGUCCAGAUGUGGAGAAUCCAGAAAGCCCCAAAACGGCCCCCAGAGUUCCAGAUGUGGAGGAGGAAGACGAGCCAGGCCCAGAUGUGGCCACCCAGCUGUUCCUGCUCUGUCCAGAUGUGGAGAAUCCAGAAAGCCCCAAAACGGCCCCCAGAGUUCCAGAUGUGGAGGAGGAAGACGAGCCAGGCCCAGAUGUGGCCACCCAGCUGUUCCUGCUCUGUCCAGAUGUGGAGAAUCCAGAAAGCCCCAAAACGGCCCCCAGAGUUCCAGAUGUGGAGGAGGAAGACGAGCCAGGCCCAGAUGUGGCCACCCAGCUGUUCCCGCCCCCAAAUCCAGAUGUGGGGAGCCCAAAAAACCCCAAAGCUGCCCCGAGGCCACUCGGAAUUCCAGAUGUGGAGGAGGAAGGGGAGGAGCCAGGCCCAGAUGUGGCCACCCAGCUGUUCCUGCUCUGUCCAGAUGUGGAGAAUCCAGAAAGCCCCAAAACGGCCCCCAGAGUUCCAGAUGUGGAGGAGGAAGACGAGCCAGGCCCAGAUGUGGCCACCCAGCUGUUCCUGCUCUGUCCAGAUGUGGAGAAUCCAGAAAGCCCCAAAACGGGGGUCCUUGAGAGGAUUUUGGGGUGA